CAGAACCACCUUUCCCAACACUCCCGUCUCCCUCUAACCAUGACAACUUAUGACGCGAUGGAAGAGCCAAAAAUAACCUGGCAUUAGGUCACGUACGCAUGUCCAGAAGGGCCUGGACGAGGUUAAAGUUUCCAGCAGAAAGCUUCCGGGCUCAAGUCCCCUGGAACGUCCAGGAACAGGCAGUCUGCUCAACUAUAGCAUUCCUUGGCUGUCGGCUGACUACCCUAGAGAAGUAUACGUGUUACUAUUCUUGGUCCUAUGCGGGGAGAGUAUGUUUCUGGCUACUAGCCAGUAUGGUUAUGGCUUUCUUCCGGCAAUCAAGCUAUGAUGUUGAUGCAAGACGGAGGCGGGUGGUGUCUUACUUCUGUUGAAACUACACAGCGAAGGCAAGGAUAAUGUGUUAUUCUUCUAUCAGGAACGAUACUUUGUGUGUUCAACCCCGAAUCAUCGAUUCCUUUGGGUUCCCUCUCGCAUCUCUAGUGUCUGCC